CCGUCGCACCUCCGGCUCCAACUCCCAUUGAUGCGUUUUCCGCAGAGCCGACUGUCGCUCUCCCUUUUUGGGUUACUGUAUUUUGGGGUUAGACACAAUUCGCCUCCCGUUAAAACCGCCACGCGUCCGCUCGUUCGCCUUGUCCGAGCAUCACCGAGCCGCAGCCGCAGCCGCGAUGACGGAGACGGAGACGCUGGAGAAGCGGGCGCACAAGUCCAGCAACGGGACCGUGUCAACAGAGGCCGGCAGGGACGAUGUGUUUGAUCCCACGUACAAAGCGAAGGAAGGCCCCAAACCGCCCAUGGUCAUCGUCUGGAGAAACGUCAUUCUGAUGUCUCUGUUGCACCUGGGCUCGUUAUAUGGCGUGUUCCUCAUCCCCUCAGCGUCCCCUCUGACCUUGCUGUGGUCUGGAGUUUGUUUCUUGAUAAGCGCCUUGGGAAUUACUGCAGGAGUCCAUCGCCUGUGGAGUCACAGGUCCUACAAGGCCUCACUACCUCUGAGGAUCUUCCUGGCCAUCGGUAACUCCAUGGCUUUUCAGAACGAUAUCUUCGAAUGGGCCCGCGACCACCGGGUGCACCACAAGUACUCGGAGACGGACGCCGACCCCCACAACGCCUCGCGGGGCUUCUUCUUCGCCCACAUCGGCUGGCUGCUGGUGCGCAAACACCCCGACGUCAUCGAGAAGGGACGAAAGCUGGAGCUCAGCGACCUGUUGGCCGAUAAGGUGGUGAUGUUCCAGAGGAAGUAUUACAAGCCGUCCGUGCUGCUCAUGUGCUUCUUCGUGCCCACGUUCGUGCCUUGGUACCUGUGGGACGAGUCUCCGUGGGUGGCCUACUUCGUCCCGGCGCUGCUCAGGUACACGUUGGUGCUGAACGCGUCCUGGCUGGUGAACAGCGCCGCGCACAUGUGGGGGAACAGGCCCUACGACAAGAGCAUCAACCCCCGGGAGAACAAGUUUGUCACCUUCAGCGCUAUAGGAGAAGGAUUUCACAACUACCACCACACGUUCCCCUAUGACUAUGCAACCAGCGAGUUCGGCUGCAAGCUGAACCUCACCACCUGCUUCAUCGACCUCAUGUGCUUGCUGGGCCUGGCCCGGGAUCGCAAGCGGGUCUCCCACGAGAUAGUGCAGGCGCGGCGGCAGCGCACGGGCGACGGGAGCCACCGGAGUGGCUAAAAGUCAGUGGAACGGCCCGAAAAAAAAGAAUCUCCAGUCCCGUGACGACUCUACAUUUUUCAUCCUUGGGGAUCAAGUCAGCUUCAUGGGGGCCUUGACCACAUUUUGCUUGUUUUUGUAGUUUUUGUAGCUGUAACUAAACAAAACGUUCCAGAUGGAUUUAAAAAAAAAAAACACAUCUUGCUAAAUGGGCCUUGGUUUGUGGUUCAGUCACUUCGGCCGAGGUCUUUCUAAGGUGUUUCUAGGUUUGAGGUAGAUACAUUUCAAAGUUGAAUUCUCUGUUGUUUUUUGCCACAUCGGUGUGAUGUGCGUUCCAUCAUGCGGGAUCAGUCACGUAUUAGUCGAUUACCAAUGAAAACACACAAGAAAUGGAGCACGGAAAUGUGGAGAAACGAAACGCUAAUAGAUCAGGUACGAUACUGAUUGGACACUGAUACUUCCAUUGUACUUUAGGGCAAGUUUUUGUAAAGUUGGAACAUGCAUCCACCUUCUGAGUUCUGUACGAUCUGUAAAAAAGGCAUGAGGCUGCAAAUCACAUUCAAAACGUUGUAAGCUUUAUUAAGACUUGACACAUGAUGGGAAGCGUGAGGGAACCCAGACCUUUGCCAAACCCAGGCGCUUGUUUACCAUUAAAUUAAGACUGCCAUUAAAUAUUAACACUGAAUGAUACACUACCUGGACGUUUGAGGCGUAUACGCGGUGCUGUCCGCACAUCUGCAGCCACCUCAAUGGAAGCUUCUCUCAGAGAUUUUAACCAGUGGUGGUUUUCCAAAAGAGCGGGCCGACCGUGCAUGAUGUUAUAUCGUGGUGGUGUUGUAGUGAGCUGUUUUUAUACUCUGAUGGCUGAACCUAAGCUGUUUUUGUACUAUUUACUGUGGAGCUGCGUCACUUUUGGAUCACCACAACUGUUUCUGUAACUGGGUCUGGUUUCCCUUCAGGGUCCCACAGAAAGCUGAUUGUUGUGGCAAACCUUAAGGUGCAUCUGUGAUUAUGUACAUCAUUCUAGUGUUGCUAAAGGCUGAUAUUAUCUUAUUUAUUAUCUCAAUAUAUUUUCCUUGCCGACUAAAUCAUAUGUAUUAUUCUAACAUUUUCUGCACAUUUAGCAGAAGGUCUUAUAUCGCAUAUUUCAAAUUGGAGCACAUAUAUUUUUUCCCCUGAGUCAGGAAACAACCCAAUGCCUUAUGACUUGCAUUCAGUUCUGAUGAUCUUCACACUCUGUAGCUUGAGACAAAAAUGUUGAGAACCACCAAAAUGAAUCGGAUCCAAAUCUGCGCUAACAGGCCAAAACACCAGGUGGAACCUUUUUUAUAUUCUCAACCCACGUGAGCUUUUAUUGUAGGUAAACGGUAGCAUGGUCACAUCAAGGUCCUGUAGGUGAAAAUAGAGGUUCGGAUACAAAUGUCACGUCUGGUGCAAUCGUUUAAUCAGACAAAGGCUGUAACUUGGGCCUUGACGGACGUGCCAACUAGUUUCUACCAGUCACAGCACAUCAGCUGUCACGAGGAAAGUUCGAGCACAAAGCCAAACCAGUCAUGCUGUCUACAGCGCCCCUUUGAAUGAGUUGCUUAAAUUUAAAUUGUAUUACUCUGAAAUAAAGUUCACCAUAUUUUCCGCA